CCACUAGUAGACUAGUAGUGUGGGGGAGCCAAAAAAGAGAGAGAGAGAGAGCAACACAAUACUACCAACACAGAAAUGGCAGGGCUUAUGAGACCUCGGAUUGUGCUGUUUGGUUCCUCGAUAAUUCAGAUGAGUUUUGAUAAUGGAGGUUGGGGUGCUAUUCUUGCCAAUCUCUAUGCUAGAAAGGCAGACAUUGUCUUGCGAGGGUACUCAGGCUGGAACACAAGGCAUGCUUUGGAGGUUUUGGAUGACAUUUUCCCCAAGGAUGCUCCUGAGCAACCAGCACUGGUAGUUGUCUAUUUUGGUGGAAAUGAUUCUAUUCGCCCUCACCCAUCUGGCCUUGGUCCUCAUGUUCCCCUUGAAGAGUACAUUGAAAACAUGAGGAAGAUUGCUAACCAUCUCAAGAGCCUCUCGGAUCACAUUCGGCUCAUAUUUCUCACUUCUCCUCCCAUCAAUGAAGAACAAGUCCGCAGAAGACUAAGUGCAACACAGACGGGAAGAACAAAUGAAUCAUGCGGAACAUAUGCAAAGGCAUUAGUGGAGCUGUGUGAGGAGUUGAAUUUGAAGGUCAUUAAUCUCUGGUCUGCAAUCCAACAAAGGGAUGGCUGGUUAGAUGUUAGCUUCACGGAUGGAGUUCAUCUUUCAGCAGAGGGAAGCAAGGUAGUGGUGAAAGAAAUAUUAAAGGUCUUAAGAGAAGCAGAUUGGAAGCCAAGUCUUCAUUGGAUGUCACUACCAACUGAAUUUGCAGAAGAUUCACCUUAUUAUCCUCCUUCAGCAGAUGGAACAACCACUAUCAAUGUGUCUUACAGUAUCCCAAGGAGGAAUUUGCAAUGGGACAUAUAGAAAAUGCUAUAUAAUUAUAUUGCAUUUACUUUUGGGGUGGGAUUUUAAAAUCAUCUAGCCUUCAACACCAAGCAAUAAAAGGCUUUGGUUUGUGAUGUCAGUCACUUGUGUGGAGAACUUGGUUGGGAAAUAAAGCAGAGAGAACAGGGUAAUGUUCAAUAAUGAACUCAAGGGAGAGAGUUCUUCCACGUGCAGGAAGUCCCUGCUCCCUGCCUUUGUGGAAAUUUUACUUUUUGUUGAUUGCUCUGUGUUUGUGCAGUCUUUUCUGUAAUAUAUCUAUGUGCACUCAAUUUUCUGUUAAAGUUAUGUUUUCUUCAA